UAGUUAGGAUAUUUUCAGUUGCAGAAAAACGUGACGUUGUUCAUGGUUUCGUGUGAAAGUUUCUCUGUCGUCUUUGAUUCGAAAGAAUCGACGAGAAAGCUGAAGGAGAGGCAAAGCACCAGUCAAAGCAACCUAAUUGUUGUUGAAUAAAUACCAAAAUGACCAACGACACUCAACGAUUUUACGACGACGUUGUCCCAAGUCAUCCCGAGAAUCAGCGAUUUGACGAUGGUAAUUUAACGAGCCAUCCCGAGAAUCAGCGAUUUGACGAUGAUAAUUUAACGAGCCAUCCCGAGAAUCAGCGAUUAGACAGACAUCAUUCACGGAGUCAUUUCAGCAAUAACACUAAACUAUUACCAAAGAUGAAUAGUCGGCAUAGCAACGUUAAUGACUCAGGAAAAUACACUGCUGACCCUUUUCAAUGCAGACUCCAAAUAAGAACAAGCAAGGGCGAAGCGAACUUUUUGAAAAAUCUCUUUUCGCCGCUUCUGGAYGGAAUUGAUCCGACUUUUCAGUURAUAAACCUAGAAGAAAAAGAGACAUUUGAGCCGCUUACUGCAUGGGAUCAAAAUUCUGAAAAUGAUUACGAAGAGGAAGGAAUGGUUUGCCCAGCACUUAGCAUUGUACUUUUCUUGUCGGAAGCAUUCGGGCAGCUGUCGGCUAAUUCCGUGCAAAGCUACCUCUCCUCAGAGCCUUGGCGAUUCCAUCAUCGCAUCGAGCURCCUAAAGAUGUCCGUCCUCAAAUCACUGCCCGACAAGAUUUCUACCAGGCGUUCCACYGACAUCCUCUUUGGUCUGUCUGCCCAGUGCAUUAUGGGAAUGAACAUUUAAGAUUCCAUAUUGUUGUUAAAGAUUUUCUGAACAUGCGCAGUUUCUAUGAGAGAAUCACUGGUAUCAGGUCACGUGAUGGAUCUCCUGGGUUUUGCUUUAUUCCACUUUACACGCAGACUGGCCUUGACAUUCAACUUUCACUCAAAUGCUUACCUCAAGUUUAUCCUGAACCUUGCAGCGUUGCUAGGUUGUGCUUCAAAAUACCAAAUAUAGAAACAUUACUUCCUUAUUUGGUGGGAUGUCCGUUACCUAUGCCCAAUCAGAAAGGAGUUUGGUUGACACAUGACCCUGAUGGGAACGUUAUUAUUUUAGAGGAGACAGACCCUGUAMAUAAGGACCCUAGGAACACAUCUGARUACGAUAGUGGAUCAGCUGAUAGCGAUAGUAUUGUGAGUUCUCAGUGUUUGUCGGAUACUGUCCGUAUGAACAGGACGCAAUCUGAC